UUUUUUUUUUUGGCCCUCUUAGCUUUGCCUAAAGAAGCUUAACAAAGAGAAAUACAGAUAACAACCAAACCAUUUCUAGCAGAAUAUCAUCAACCUUCUUAUCAUCUUCUCCUCUCAAAGAAAGGAAAGGGAAAAGAAAAGAGAAAGAAAGAAAAGGAGAGGCUUAGCUUCUUCCUUGUAUUUGAAGACUCUUUCUGUGAAGAUGUUUGAUUCCUUAAGCCCAUGCUCACUUGCAGCUUCUCAGAUUCCUCUCACUUUCUCUUCCUUUUCAAGAAAAUCCACUAUUGCCCGUGAGCUUAAAUCCUGUCCUCUUUGCUUCGAGUACUUCCAAACUCAAUUUUGUUGAACAUAUUCUGCAGAGAGAAACAUGGUCCCUUUCAUUGUUUUGACACUUCUCUCUCUUCUUGCUACCUCUUGUUCUGCCUCUUCUUUAGUUACUGAUUUCCAUGUCUUACUCACACUUAGAAAAGGUUUUGAAUUCUCUGAUUCCAUUCUAAGUACUUGGAAUUCUUCCAAUCCUAGCUCAGUUUGUUCCUGGGCUGGAAUUCAGUGCUCCAAGGGACGCGUUGUUUCAAUCGACUUAACAGAUUUGAACCUCUAUGGCUCUGUGUCACCAUUAAUUUCAAAACUCGACCGGCUUACUAACCUCUCUCUUGCUGGAAAUAAUUUCACAGGCACGAUUGAGAUUGCAAACUUGAGCAGUCUUCGAUGGCUAAACAUCUCCUGCAACGAGUUCAAUGGCGGAUUAGAUUGGAACUACUCCAGCAUUGCCAACUUGGAAGUGUUUGAUUGCUAUAACAACAACUUCACUGCCUUUCUCCCACUUGGGAUUUUGAGCUUGAAGAAGCUCAAGUACUUGGAUCUUGCUGGCAAUUAUUUCGUUGGCAGAAUCCCAGAAAGCUAUGGAAAUCUGGUUGGCUUGGAAUAUCUUUCCCUUGCUGGAAAUGAUCUGCAUGGAAAAAUCCCAGGGGAGUUAGGAAAUCUCACCAACUUGAGAGAGAUUUACUUGGGCUAUUACAAUGUGUUUGAAGGUGGGAUUCCAGUGGAAUUUGGAAACUUGGCAAAUCUAGUUCACAUGGAUCUUUCCAACUGUGGGUUGGAUGGGCCAAUUCCAAGUGAGUUGGGGAGCUUGAAGAAGCUCAACACUCUCUACGUUCAUAUGAAUCUGCUUUCUGGUUCAAUUCCAAAGCAAUUAGGCAACUUGACAAACCUGCAGAACCUUGAUCUUUCCAUCAAUGCACUAACCGGUGAAAUCCCAUUGGAGUUCUGCAAUCUAAAGCAGCUCAAGCUUCUGAACCUGUUCAUGAACAGACUGCACGGGUAUAUUCCAGACUACAUAGCAGACUUUCCAAAUUUGGAAACUCUUCAGCUGUGGAAGAACAACUUCACCGGCAUGAUUCCCGAGAAUCUUGGACAGAAUGGAAAGCUUCAGCUGCUGGAUUUGUCCACAAACAAACUCACUGGUACAAUCCCUCGGAACUUGUGUUUGUCAAAUCAACUCAGAGUGCUGAUUCUCUUGGAAAACUUCUUCUUUGGGCCGAUUCCUGAAGGGCUAGGGAGAUGUUCAAGUCUCACAAGAGUGAGGUUGCAGCGCAACUUCUUGAAUGGCAGCAUCUCAGAUGGGUUCCUAUACUUGCCUCAACUGAAUUUACUGGAGUUGCAGAACAACUACCUAUCAGGAACCGUGCCGGAGAAUGCCAACAGUUCAUCGGCGCCGGUAAAAUUAGCCCAACUCAACUUAUCAAACAAUCUCCUCUCUGGUCCUUUACCUCAUUCAUUUUCAAAUUUCUCUUCUAUCCAACUCCUUUCCCUUGGUGGAAACCAAUUCUCAGGAACAAUCCCAUCUUCCAUAGGAGAACUCCUCCAAGCUUUAAAAAUUGAUUUGAGCCGGAAUUCACUCUCCGGUUCAAUCCCACCUGAGAUUGGAAAUUGUUAUCAUUUGACAUAUCUUGACAUGAGCCAGAACAACCUCUCUGGCUCAAUCCCACCAGAAAUUUCCAACAUCCGUAUAUUAAACUACUUAAACUUAUCCAGAAACCACUUGAACCAAGCAAUACCCAGAUCAAUCGGUACCAUGAAAAGCCUCACAAUUGCUGAUUUCUCCUUCAAUGAUCUUUCCGGUAAGCUACCCGAAUCUGGCCAAUUCUCCUGCUUUAACGCCUCCUCUUUUGCGGGUAAUCCUCAUCUUUGCGGCUCUCUUCUAAACAACCCUUGCAAUUUCACCACAAUCACAAGCACACCCAGAAGAGGCCCUGCAUAUUUCAAGCUAAUCUUCGCGCUUGGCCUUUUGAUUUGCUCUCUAGUAUUCGCAUUUGCUGCCAUGAUCAAGGCCAAGUCGUUGAAAAGAAAUGGCCCAGAUUCAUGGAAGAUGACCACAUUCCAAAAGCUCGAAUUCAAGGUCUCCGACAUCCUCGAAUGCGUGAAAGACGGCAACGUGAUUGGAAGAGGCGGAGCUGGGAUUGUCUACCAUGGAAAAAUGCCAGAUGGGGUCGAAAUUGCAGUCAAAAAGCUUCUUGGGUUUGGCUCAAACAGCCAUGAUCAUGGCUUCCGAGCUGAAAUUCAAACACUGGGAAACAUCAGGCAUCGAAACAUUGUGAGACUCCUCGCAUUCUGUUCCAACAAGGAGACAAAUCUCCUUGUUUACGAGUACAUGAGAAAUGGGAGCUUAGGCGAGGCGCUGCACGGCAAAAAAGGCGCAUUCUUGAGCUGGAAUUUGCGGUACAAAGCUGCCAUUGAAGCAGCCGGAGGCCUCUGCUACCUUCACCAUGAUUGUUCCCCAUUGAUCGUUCACCGCGACGUCAAGUCCAACAACAUUUUGUUGGAUUCCAGCUUCGAAGCACACGUUGCUGAUUUCGGGCUCGCCAAGUACUUGAUCGACGGCGCCGCAUCAGAGUGCAUGUCAGCAAUUGCAGGAUCCUAUGGCUACAUUGCCCCUGAGUAUGCAUAUACUUUGAAGGUUGAUGAGAAGAGCGAUGUGUAUAGCUUCGGAGUCGUCCUCUUAGAGCUUCUCACGGGCCGCCGUCCGGUGGGGGAUUUCGGUGAAGGCGUCGACAUUGUACAGUGGACCAGAAGGGUAACAAAGUGUCGCAAAGAAGAGGUCAUGGGCAUUGUUGAUCCAAGGCUAACAAUGGUGCCCAAAGAUGAAGCCAUGCACUUGUUCUUUGUUGCACUCUUAUGCAUACAAGACAACAGUGUUGAACGCCCAACAAUGAGAGAGGUGGUGCAAAUGCUAUCGGAGUUUCCCCGCCAGUCACCGGACCACCAUUCUUCGUCGUCUGCUUUUGUUCAUGACCAACAAACAAAGAAAGUAGUUGAAAAAGAGAAAGGUUGCCCUAAGUUCAAGCAAGAUCUUUUGGUUUAAGAGACUUGAUGACUUUUUUUUUUUUUAGAGUUUUAAUGGUGUCUUGAAUUGGGUUGUUUCUGUUAUAGCCUUACUAUUUGCAAAAUAUAUCUUUUUCUUUUGAUUUUUGGCUUAGAUUUAGGCAGAGGGAUUUGGUGGCCAAAUAGAAGUAGCUAGGAAUAAUUUUAAUGGGUGCACUUCUUUUAAGGGGUGCAACUUUAGUGGGAGAGCAUGCUAGCUUAAGGGGGCCAUGCAUGCAGGCUCUUUGUAUAAUAUUUUUAUUAUUAUAUUAUAU